AUGGCGCUUAUUCUACUGUAUGGCUAUGUCAUGAGAAGGGGUGUGCUUUGGCUUUUUCUUUUCGAGAUGAUGACCAGUACUAACCUGGAUCUCGCAAGUGAACAAAAAUACGUAGCUGUUAAAGUCUUGGCCAGUAAUCAUCAGGAGCAAGCCCUAUCUGGAGAGUUGGGCAUCUAUAAACACUUGAGCCGUCUGAAAUCGUCCCAUAUCGGAAGUGCCUAUAUUCGCGGCUUGGACCGGAGGUUUAGCGAGUCUUUGUUCAAGGAAACCUUGCUAUGUAUCCUACAGGCUCUUGAUUUCCUUCAUAGAGAAGGGAAUGUUGUUCAUACCGGUAUGUCCCCCGCAACAGCUGAUAGGCGGGAAUAUUUGUUGGAAAUGACUGAUGGUGUUACAGACAUCAAAGCGACGAACAUCAUGCUUCGCAUUGAUGAUGAAUCGAUAUUAGAAGACUUCGAGAAAGCCGAGCAGCAAAGCCCAAGUCCAGAGAAAGUCGUGGGUAAGAACCGCACAAUAUACACUUCGCGAAGACUGCGCCUACCUCAUGACGAUCUAUGGGGUCAGCCAGUCCUAUGUGACCUUGGACUGGCCAGGAUCGGACGUGCUCACACGGGAUUGAUCCAACCCGAAAUUUAUAGAGCCCCUGAGGUACUUUUUGACAUGGGAUGGGGCCAUAGUGCCGAUAUCUGGAACCUUGGAGUCAUGGCGUGGGAUAUUUUCGAAGGGAGACCUUUAUUCAGUGCGCUUGAUGAAGACCAGGAAUACUCGCCGUCCCACCACGUAGCGGACGGAGAUGGUGGCUGUUCUUGGGCUGCCACCGUUGUCCUUCAUCCAGCGAAGCCAGGAAACUCGCAAUGUAUUUUCAGAGAAAGGUCCUUCUCACUUUCUUCUUUAGCUGAUCAAGCUAAUGAUUUCAUAGGCGAAUGGCUCGGCGAGGGCGGUGUCACCAUUCCGAAUACUUCCCUUGAGAGAUUAGAGGAGAAACUCAACGGGAACGGCCAACAAUCUUUCCUGCAAUUCACACGAUCGAUGUUGCAAUGGACCCCUGAGACAAGAAAGACAGCAAAGGAGCUAUUGAAGGAUCCUUGGCGUAAUUCGUAG